AACCCAGGAGCUAUAAAUGCUGCCGCCCCUGUCCGAGCUGAGCUCAGAGGUCCUGGCGACAGAGGGACAAGAACGGCUCGGACAGGAGGACGCCCGUCACUGCACUGGUAUCAACUCUGGAGAUGAAGGCUGUGCUUCUGCUGUGUGUUCUGGGCGCAAUAGCAGUGCUGUCUGCUGCAGUUCCAGGACUCCAUGGCUGUAGCGGUGGUCUGUGUCCUCCACGAUGCAAUAAGGCUGGAUUCAAUGACUGGUUCAAAGUCGGCAAGAAAUGUUUUAAGUUCUUUCACCAAAUCAAACCAUUUCUGGAUGCAGAGAUGUACUGCAGGAGCCUCUCCCCUCGAAGCCACCUGGCCUCCAUCCACUCCCCAACCGAGAACGUGUUGAUCUACCACCUGACCCUGAAGAAGAAGUGCAAUUCUCCCGGCAUCUGGUUAGGAGGUUUUCGUUUCCCAGGGUCCCUGAAGUAUCUGUGGUUGGAUGGGAGCAGAUGGAAUUACACCGCCUGGGCUCCAGGAGAGCCAAACAAUUGUUCUGGAAAUGAACACUGCCUUGAAAUGAACUCUCACAGGGACAAGUGGAAUGACCUUUAUUGUACUUCACCCAGGCCUUUUGUCUGCCAGCUGUCCCUCACUCAGAUGGAGACGGACGAUCCCAGCAGUGCCCUGUAGUCCACUGGGGGCUGGGGCAGGCCAGGGUACCCCUGCAGGUCUAGGUUAUAUCAUCUCCUCUUCCCUGCUCCCUCUCCAUCCUUUUAAACCACUCUGACGACAGCAUCUCUCUACUUCCUCUGGGGAGGACACUCAGAGAUCCAGGGGGGUGAGACGCCUGAGGUCCAGGACGGUAGGACACCUGAGGUCCAGGAGUCCAACUGCUCUGGCCAGUUCUGGCAUACCCAGAGAGCUGAUGUUCUUUAGCUCUUUAGUAACUCUGAAUCUAGGAAUUAAAACAGCUUGUUAACCAACUGACAGGCUUAUUUGACAUUCUGAAAAAAACAGGUGAAGUGAUUCCCUUCAGGUUUUUGAGAAUAGUGUCAAUCAAUAUUGCUGAUUGGCUGUUUAGCCAGUGACACAGGAUCUUCUGAGUAUUACUGGGCUCAUCUGUGUGCCUGUGUCCCUUUCCUCCACUUAUUUCAUUUUUGUGCCCAAAUAUAAUUCAAUGCAAUCCGUAUGAAAAUUAGGAUGUCUUCAAUGGUUCUCUUGCACUAUAGUGUAAGCACCCUAUGUUCACUACAGGGCGGCUCACUGGUCUGCUCAGUGGUGACUCUGCAUCAGAGUGAGCUGUCUAACAGAGGAGCAGGGGGGCAGAGAUGCUGUAAACUAUCCUCAUGCAGCCUCAUCCCAACCCCAGCUUUUGGUUUUCUUUUACGUUCUGCUUUGCAACGCUUAGAUCCGGAGCAGCCUGUUCUCUGCCUCGAGGCCUGUUCUCUGUCGGGAGUUUCCUGCAGAGCUCCAUGGAUGAAGGCAGAGCAGGCUAUACUAAAGCACAGUGGAAUCAGGGUAACAUCUGAUAGACACUGGAGUCAAUACAUGGUCCAGUCGAGGUAACAGUGGCAGUGAAGUCAUAAAGGCACUGCAGUAAACCUCCAUACCCGAGGAUGAAGUCCUCUCUCUGAACCUGGGCUCAUCAUCAUCAUCAUCAUCAUCGUGUCCAGUCUGCAGCCAACGGGGCAUGUGCGGAGAAAUCCUGCAGCUCAGCGUUCGGGAUGCGACAUGGUGCAGUACAUGCAAAUUUCCCACUUGUAGUUCAGAUACUGAAAUAAAAUCCCCACUGCUACAGAGAAGAUUAGAGAAGUGUUUAAGCAGAACCGAAAGGUUCUGGGUUGGCUAUUAUUAGUGGUGGGAGUGGCAGGCAGGGUAGAAGAGAGCUCAGCCCAGGGCGUCCCCAGCUGUGGUCCAGAGGGACCCAGCUCUCUGCUGGUUUGCAUUCCAGCUGAGCCGCUGAUGGCUGGAGCUCCCUCAUGCGUGUCUGAAGCGAGCUGCUCUCUUCACUUGGGUCUGCCCUGGGCACCUGGGUUUUAAAAACAUCCUCGUGCACCAGCUCGAAGACAUGUCCACAGUCCCUCCUGGGCUUGCCGCCCUGGUUGUGUUCGCACGAGCACCUCCGUGCGUGAUCGGUGCGUGAUGCACACCAGCAGGAGGCAGCGCACAUGUCUCGGGUGCCAUAGUGAUGCCACCUGCAACAGCCUUUUCAGAGCCGAAAGCACAUGUAAAAGCCAACCUCGGGCAGAAGACACCAGGUCCAGGGCUGGCAAACCACGGGUUCGGAUCAUGUGAGUAUUCUGGACUGCCUCUCUAGGGAUCGGGUCAGGGAGCUCCCGGCUGUAAUUCACUUUGCCCGCCAGGAGAUGGCAGUAUGGGUUCGUGAGCACAGUAUUUCCAGCCAUCGACUGUCAGGGAGAGGGCAGAGAGGAGGGCUACAUUCUGUAAUUCGUUUGCAACGCUUGUAACGCAAAUAAAGCAUUCUGAAGUGA